UAUCUCUUGUACUCCGUACACUCCUUGGAACUUCCAUGAUCAACAGUUAUCUGCCUCUCGUUGGACUUUGUCUUGUACUGUCAAUGCCAUCAUAUCCCGAUGAUCAUUCAUAUAUACUCAAGCGUGGAGCAGUUGACUAUCUACCAACUUACCUACAUAUAAUCCACUACCUGGAUCGGCCGAGCUCGUGCUUUCUCUCUGAUCUUGAGGACCAAUUGUGUGAAACCUCCCUUGACUCUCCAGACAUCAUCUCUCCACAAUUAACUCCUUCUGUUUAUUCCUACCAGUACUUGAUCACAUCGAUCCCCUUUUAGAAGCUCUUUUUGAUUCGACUGCUGUCACGACCCGUGUCAGUCCGAUACUUUUACCGCCAUGGACACAUUACUGUAAGCUUUGUCUCAUCUGAACCCCCGCACUUCGUGCCUUACCAAUCCAUGAUGGAGCUGGCUGCUGCGUACUCGCCUAGGUCUAUGCGCCACAUACACUCAUGCGACCUGGAAUGAUUUCAAAGCAAACGUCAAGCAAACCUUGUCGCAG